AUGUGUGACUCGCAGAAGUGUCAAGAUUUCCUCGACAUUAUUGAGAAGGUAUGUUUCUUCAAUUCCUGUUCCUGGUGUAUUGUUUUUUUCAGCUGAGUUCAUAAGAUGAGUUUGCAACCUUAAAAGAGAUUCAAAACCUGACGUUUCGAUCGCUUUGGCAGCGUGAAUCCAAUUUCAGGCUACCGCGAAUUUCAAUUUGGUACCUUUUGUCGGAGCGAAUUCAACUCCAUAGCAUCGAAAGCACGUUGGAAAAUCAUCCAAUGUCGCAAAACGGUCAAAAACCAAACUAAAAAUGUCGUUGGCAAUCGAAUAUAUUUUUUAAAGGUUAUUAUCUUUUUUAUGUUACUUUUUUACUUUUUCUGACUGACAAGUUGCAAACAGGUUUGAGUUAUAUCAUUUCUUACGCUUGGUCCCCGUCAGCAACCACGACGGCAACGGCAAGGAGGACUUCAGAAAAACAAUGGUUUUAAUGAGCAAACAACUCUGCACGUGCAUCACAUUUUUUGGUACAUUUCUCUCCCUUCCCUUCACGAAGGCUUUGCUCAUGCGAAGUUCUUGUGACGACGUCAACACACGGUGACCAGUCUUUCUUUCUCUUUGUGGAUUUUUGUUCGGUCCUUCAGAAUUCAAUUCUAGAAAAAAAAUUGCCUUAGAUUCACAAAUUGAUCGGAUUGGAAUAAUCGCUUCGGUUGCCGUCGUUGUUGCUGAAGGUCUCUAUUCAUUAUAGCAGACUCAGAUUUCAUUCAUAUUUUUUUAUUUGUUGCCCCAGAUCUUCUUAAUUUUCAGUGUAGGAGGACCAGUACUCUGAGUUUAAAAAUAACCAAGAAAUGAAGGUACUGCCCAUUGGCGGUAAUAUAAUUGUCCCCAUCUCUAGUAGAAGACGCAAAACAGUGUCCCCAGUUAGUACCAUCACUUACAUAAUUGUAAUAAUAACAACCAAAUGCGCUGUUCUUUUUUUUCAGGUUAUCAGUAGACAUGUGGAGCUACAAGGCAAAAGCUACCCACUUGAACAACAGCAACAGGUUAUAGCCUAUAAUACUAUGUUCGAAUAGCACUAUUUUUAGAAAGGCAGGAAAAUGUGAACAAGUUUUAAGGGUCGAAUACAUCUCUAUAACAUUCUGCUCGUUGUACUGGUCAGCUAAAUGAAGUUAUUUUUGGUACCCACGAAGAUCUCUUACUUAGCAUCAGUGAUCCUCCUAUAUACAAAAGAGAAUAUUGAUUUUGUUUUCCUUGUUGGGCUCAUACUCGGUGUAAAAAUCUGUGAAACUCACGAGUGACGUAAAACAAUUAAUACGAAGAAGCCAUUGGGAAUUCAAGUCAACGCAAUAGAGCCAACGAAAAUAACAGCUAGAAAAAACUUCACAGGUUUUUACACCGACGAUGAUCCCUUUGUUGUUCUUCCAUCUAUAGUUGGUGCAAGAAGAAAAAGAACUAAAGGACAUCAAGACAGCAGUCAGCGGACUGGUGGAAGUUUUUAAGGUAGGGAUGUUUGUGUUGGACUGUUCACAGUCUCCUACUUUUUCGAAAUAUCGUUAGGAUCGAGCGCUUACCGGUACGAGCGGCCAUCUUGGUUUCAUAUGUACCCUCGGGCGUCGGGCGUCGGGCGUCGGGCGUCGGGCGUCGGGCGUCGGGGUGUUAAGAAGUUUUGACACUCAUCCAAGAUGGCUGCCCGUAACGCAAAGCGCUAAAGGACUGUGAAGAGUCUAUGUGUUAGCAAAAAGUGGUUUUAUAUUGAGCAUCUUAAACCCAAAACCAAACCAAAGAAAUAACAAUCGCCUGUGCAAGUUAGCAAUUUUGAAAAAGUUAUGUUACUGCUAGUGCUAUACAUCAACAUCCCCCUCCCCCCUUUCUGGAAUAAACGUCGUAACCGACCGAAAUUUUUACCCUGCAGCGACUGGUCAGUCACUCAAAAAAAAAAAAAAAAAAAAAAAAAAAAAAAAAAAAACAGCAUAGCAACUUUUAACUAUGGGUGUGAAAAUAUAGGUUAAGAUUGAGGUUUGCAAUCCAGUGUCAACACUUAUUUUACUUUUGUGUUGGUUCUUUUUCAACUUCUCAACCAGAACCAAGUUAUUUACUUUUUGACACGCGUUCCCCGCGCUAAUAGGCUAGUUUCGAAUUAUCAAAAUUCGCAGUUUGGCUUCGAGGCUGAGGGGAAUAAAACGACAGAAAUGAAUUAUUUAUCCCUGAAUUUCAAUGCUUUUUUAUUUGUUUUUUACCACUCAACUUCAGUGCUAAGUAUGAAUCUUAAUAAUUUGAAACUAGUCUACUGGGGCACCCUCAAGAUUAAGUUCAGAUUGAUUUGUGGGAUUGUCUGAGUGUAGGAUUCUCAAUACCUAGGUGUUCAAAAUGUUACAUUUGGUAGCUAAAAGCGAGGCUCUUAAUGCAGAGCUUUAAUCAGGGUUCGUACAGAGUCUUGAAUUCUUGAAAAAGUCUUGAAAUUCGCCCAGCGAUUUUCAAGACCUGGAAAAAGUCUGGAAAAUGGAGAUAAAGUCUGGAAAAAUGGUAAAAAGUCUUGAGUUUAUUUUCAGAGCUACAACAAGUGGUUUAUAAGUGAAAUUUUGUUUCGUUUUGGUCAAAUCUUAUUCAAUCUCGCCGGUACGUUUGCAGUGCAUCGUGAGAAAAGCUUUGUUCUUUCUUUUUUUAAGGUCUGUAUUGAUCAACUAUUUGAUAACCUUGAGUCUGGAAAAAGAAAUUAUUGUUUUGGAAAAAGUCUGGAAAAAGUCGUGAAUCUGUACGAACCCUGUUUAAUAGUUGUUACGGGGCUUAUCCCACCCGGAUAUGCAUCAGCAUGGACUCACUCGGGCCAUUUAUCCGAGGAAAAAUUAGACGCGCCUUAAAAAAGAUGCUCGUCUUGUUUUAAGUAAUAAGCAAACUUCUCGCAUAUAUAGUACAAAAAAUGUCUUCGCGGCUUAAAUGAGACGCAACUUAGCUAAAUGUAAAUUUGAAUUGUUCGUUUUAUCGACAGCACAAGUUGUACCGUUUGCCUCACGGCCACGCUGUUCGUACAUUUGAACUGUUGGUGUCACACAUGAAAGCACAUUAUUACCAUGGAUAUAGUACUGACAUCGCCAGCGUUAUAAGAAACUUGGUAUGCUUAACGUUUUUCUAGCAUAGAAGAAAAUACCGUAAAUGGAAAAGUAAAUAAGUAAAUAAAUUAAUGAAUAAAUGGUCACAUACAAUGAAAGCAGUUUGAAUGUAACACUUUACCUCUUGGACUCAAUUUGUGGUUAACUAUAUUGAGCGUAAAAGAAAGUGAAUAAAAGUUCGUCCGGGUGAUCGUAGUCCUGAAUAGGACUGUUGUUGGCAGGGACAGACGUUUCGACAACCUGCGCGGUCGUCAUCUUCGGGAACCAAAUGAAUUUUGUCGUCAUUAGAUGGUAUAAAACUCCGAUUAUCGACUUAACCAGUCAAAUAUGUCGUGAUAUUAUUGCUCGUCUAUCAUUUUUAAAUGGCUUAGAAGCCAUGGUAAUAUCGGCUGUGGAGACUCUAAAUAUGGAUACGGUUUUUGAUAUUAAAUAUGUCGUGGUGCGUUUCGUUACGGUUUUUUGAAAACGUCAAAAACAUUGUAAUAUCGGUCGUCUUGUGGACAAAGUAACGAAAAUUGUCAUUUUUUUUUGAAUAAUUAAUCCAAUGUUCUCACUUUUUUGUUUUGUCUUCAAUGCAGUGUUUUAAUGCUUGAUUCCCAAAAAUCUUAUCAAGACAUGAUCAACAUCUUAUCAAGUAUCAACAUGUACGUGUCAAAACUGUACAGACUGAAAAAUGGGUAAAACUGUGUGUAAUAAAUCACCUUAUGACAUUAUAACUGCAAGCUUCUUACAAGUAUACCUUAUUUUCAGGCGUUUGAGUGUUUUCUUAGUUUGCGAUGUGAUUCCAGUUUACGACUUGGUUUAUGUGAUAGCAAAUCAGAGGGAGGCGGUGGAAAGUUCAGUCCUUACUUUACUUGUACGCACAGGUAACCUUUCACGUUUAAUUUGAAAGCGUUGCCAACUCUAUUUUUAGACAACCAUAUUCUUUUAAAUGUAGUGACGUAACCUUUUCUUUUUUUUUCUUUAAGUGAUGCUGAUACAAAGGCAUUGUCACAUCUUGCGCUGAUGAAUUAUUCAGAAGUCUUUGAAGUGAUAUUGAAUUGUCUGCAAUAUGUAAGAUAUACACAACAUUUUGUUAAUUUUUCCCCAAGUUUAACUCAAGCAUCCCUGAUAUAACAGUGAUCAACCUAACGUCAACCGAAGGAUCAAAGACCAGAACGGCACUUUUUCUUAAUGUUCUGUUUACACUAAAUGCACUUUAAGGCCAAUUUUACAGAUUAACUUAGCAAGAGUAUUUUUGCGCCGUUUCUGGUUGUGUGUUUUCUUUCUCGCGCUCUCUCUCGCGCGCUCGCGUGUGUUUAGAAAAGAACGAAAAGAAAAAUAAAACAACGCCUGUGUACAGGCUAAGACGGAGUAAUAACAAGGGCCAGUGCAAUCCGGAAAGAAAAUUAGUUUGAACCACACAGUUUUUCUCAGGAAAUUAAACAUUGAUAUUGUAGAAUUUUAGACUUAUUUUUUGUAUUUUCAAUGGCACUAUAUCUUAUUUUCUCAAUUUUUUUUUGAAAAAAAUCCCCUUUUGCGUUUCAAUAACAGUCGGGAAUGCAGAUGUUUGAUCCCUUUUUUCAUUUUUUUAGGAGUGGGAUUGGACAGUAAUGGAACAUGUUUUAACCGCGCUACCCGAGGUCUUACAAAAUAAGAACCUAAUACUAUCAGCCAAUCCUGCAUUGAACACGAUGACGUCAGUACUCUGUCACAUGGUAAGGCCCCACAUUUCGCGCCUUUACUCCAUCUUAGACCCAGCUCAGACGCCUUACUUCACAUGAGCCGAAUCGAAUUCAGUGAAUGACGUUCAUGGAAGUACGACGUCUGAGUGUAUUCGAAACAAGAGUCAAAUUCGAAUUUGGAUUGGUUGAGCCGCUCUUCACACCUAACAUAGCCGGGGAUCACAUCGGCUGUGGACCGUCGUAGAUCAAGAGAGAAUGAGAUUCAGAUGCGGAACUUCACUUCGCCCCUUUUAGUCGUUUUCAUGAUCGCUUAGGUAUCCUAUUGCCGGCUUUUGUUAGAUCACUCUGUUUUCUUUUUUCUGUGCAGGUGUCAGAGCCUUCUUGUAUAAUUGACCUUCGUCGGGUUCCUCAUGGUGUUGGCAGAGCGGGAUUGCAGUCUCUCAUAUUUCCAGUGAGUAUCAGUUGAAUUUUGGUUCUCGUAGUUACCCAUCCUCAGCACCUGACAGGUUUUCCCUCAGUUUUACCACAGAUUGGUCCAUUCAUUGCGUCUUGAUACCAAGCUACUCCAAAUGCAUAUUUUGCAGGUUUUAACAGUUCUCGCUACAUAUCAUUCCAGUCUUGACAGAGGCCGACAGGUGAGUUUAGCAUUUUUGGGUAAAAUCCGUCCAAAUGGUAAGAUGUUCAAACUUCCUGAGUCUUUCGUACGUUUGUUGGGCAUAAUGAAAAGAUAAUGUACUGGUUUUCCAUAACUUCAGUAUGCUUUUCUUCUCGUGGCACUGCAGUUAAACCUUCAUGUGCGACCACAUCUUGAGAUACCACCCAUCCUAGAAAAACAAAAUAACCCCCCAAAAGCGCAAACCCAAAAUGCCAGAAUUUGAUGCUCAAAAGGAUGAUGUUUUACAAGUGUUCAGUACUUUGAUCGGAAAACUGAACUUGGUAUUUUACAUAGGUAGUCUCAUAUGAGAGGUGGUCGCAAGUGCAGGUUCGAAGGAACCAACAUAAGUUUUCCAGUCAUAGCACUAUAAUGGUCGCUGACUGAAUGCUCCGGUGUUUAUGAAAUAGUAGUAAACUUUGUUUCUAAGGAAACUGUGAAAGGUUUGAACCUAGGAGUCAUUUCAUAAGUAAAGGACCACGUAGAGUAGAGGAGCACAGUCAGGACUACGCUAACCCGGACGACCAUGCUCCACGUACUUUGCUUCUAAUGUUCUUCCUCUAUGGUGCAUGUGUGCCAUAGGAAAAGAACUCAAGGAAAUGACAGGGCAUCUUUUUUAACUUUUUUUUUCUUUUUUUGGCCAAAAGCAGGGUUCGCACAGUCUUGAAAAGUCCUUGAAUUUUCUUCAACUUUGAAUGUAGUGGUCUAAAAAGAUUUUUUUUGAUGCUUUUUGGUUGUCUAAGACAGAAUAUAAAUCAUAGCUCAGAGAAUUGAAAGGUUAUUUACAUAAAGUGCUCUAUGUGUUAUGCAAUAAUUAAGCACCAAUUUAAGACAUGUAAACUGAAAAAUGUAGAGAAGUUGGUGGAGCAAACAGUUCAAGCCUUUAAGUCUUAUGAGAAUAGACUGGGAAUGUGGAUUUUCGUUAUUAGCUGUAAAAUUAUACUCCUAGUAGGCUGUCCUUGAAAAGUCCUUAAAAAGUCCUUGAAAAAUGGUUGCAACUUUUUAUAUGAACCCUGAAAAGAGGUGUCCUUAUGAAACAGUUUCACUGUACUGAUCUUGUUUGCAUAUGCUUGUCCUAGUUUGAGCUGGUGAGGACAUUGGAGUUGGGUUUAGUGACAAAGUGCGCCGUGCUGUGUGUCUCAUCUCUGACAUUGUGCACCAUGGAAAUGCAGGCAGUCAUGAAAAGGUUGGUACAUUCUGUUUUAACCUCCAUUACAUUAUUGUCUGACGUCUGAACUUUUCCUUUGGCAUACGUGCAAGGCUUUAGUAUAUUUUUAUCAGACCUUAAUGUCGGCCUAUUAUUACACGGUACUACCUGUUUGUUGCUCUUAUGUUUUGAUUUACGUUCAAAGUGAUUUUCCUUCCCAUUUCUAAAAAUGUAACCGGCUUUACUUUCCAUGCUUCGUCCCACGGGAUUCGUCGAAAACUUUGAGCCCCAAACUAUUUUGUCCUGCUGGAGUGAAACUCUCAGUGUUGCGCUUUGUGUAAAGUGUUUUUUUUUUAUCCUUUAAUUUUCCAUUUUCCAGCCUUCUUCCAGCGCUACUUGUCCGCUUGACCCAGAUCUCUGCGACCGUUUCCAUGGCAGCACCUAUGCUGGAGUUCCUCUCAGGUGUGCACUGAAAGUUGUUCACAUUUUAGGGGUUUAUUCAAAUUUUAAAUCCUUUUAUUUCUUCUGUCAUAAUUGUGGACGUACUUUUUUUAACAGGUCUCGUUCAUUUACCGCAUUUGUACGCCAGUUUCCAGGACAGCCAAUAUAAAAGCGUCUUUGCUAUUUGUUUGCCAUACACAGAUCCAUUCAGGUAAGUCUUUGUUGUUGGCGAUUUUCUAAUCAGGGUUGCUACGUUCAGGAAAAAAAAAUCAGUGAAAAACAAAUUUUUAAGGUCAGGGAAAAGUCAGGGAAAAUCUUGUACAUCGUCAAAGUCAGUGAAAAGUCAAGGAAUUUUUUUUUUAAUUGCCCACAAAAACCCGUGAAAAGUGGUUGAAAAUGAAGAGAGGAAUAUUCAUUUGAUGUUCUUAUGAAAAAAAAGCUGAAGCAUACGUAAAGUCGGAUUGUUUUUUGUUAAUAGACACCUAAUGCAAGGUCAGUGAAAAUAUCUAGAGGUCAGUAAAUAGUCAGGGAAAAUUCAUAGGAUUUUAUUUGUUUCUGAUUGGUGGCAACCCUGUUGAGUAGUUUAUAGAGUUUGCACGAUUCUAUUUACCUAUAAUAUCCACAAAUGUUAAGUUGUUGCGCGUUUGUUUCUCACACAGGUAUUCUCAGUACACCGUGACACUUGCUUAUCACGUGAUUGCCGCUUGGUUUGUCCGGUCACGUGUAGCUUAUCGCAAAGCAUUUGUUGGAUUUGUGAGCAAGGUAAGAGAGUGUCUAUUUCUCAAUACUCUCCUCUACGUUCUGUGAAUAUAAAUGUACCAUACAUACUGCUACGUCAACCAGCCACGAAUUCCAGUCCAACCUGGAACGAAAAAUGAGUCGACAGAAGUUCCAUCCCUGCCGGAGCUCUCUAUCUCUAGAUUUCAUUUCUUUGCUCAAAGCUCUGUGUUGUAAGUAUUGCUCUAUAUUCUUCCUUUUAUGGGUGUUCACGAGUAGAACUGUAUUUCUCCCAAAAACUAUAAACAACGAUAGGUUAAAACAAAUUAACGAAUCCAAAAACUACUCCUAUCAAACCAAAAUUUAUCCUUUCUCUGUCCUUACGCUACGUUGGUACGCUCUACAACUUAAUUAUUAUCUGACACGAAUUAUAUAUUAAACAAGACUAUUUAUAGUGAUGUCAUAGGUGACGAAUUACUCCUUAAUUUUGGCGAGAAAUUUCAGCGAUAAUUUGUAAUUUCACAUGUGAAAUUACAAAAUUGUCAUGGCAACCUUCCGUACGUCUCAGUGUCAGUUUCAAAAUGUCAUGAACGAAGAUGCCAGGGCAUAAAAAGCCCCUUAAAAAACCUGAACACACGAAAGAGCACAUCAAGAAGGAUUGUAACAGGUAUUUGUUGAAAAAUUCUGAACUUAAGCCAAAUCUAAGCUCUAAACGUUCGAGAGAGGAAAGUUCUCGAUCAAUGCGAUCCAGGAUAAACAUGUCAAAAAUCCAAGAUUGCUAACGUAAUUCGUCACCCAUGAUAUUAAUUGGUAAUCAGAUGGUAUACUCGUGAAAUUAGGGAAUAAUUUCACUUGCGUUUUGUCCAAAUCCAAAUAAUUUCCCUAAAGGCUCGGGGCGCGUGAAAUUAUUCCCUAAUUUCACUCGUCACCAUUUGAUUACACAUACUAAUAUCCUGGCAUGCAGUCUCUUAGGGCACGAAAUAACGCUAUUUCAUUAAUCUUCUUGUCCAAUGGGAUUUCUUAAUUAUUUCAUCCACUCUAUGGCAGGGUCUUAAAUCAAGUGCUAUAAUCCCGGAGCGUUAUGACGCAAGACCCGACAGCCCUGCUUUGGCGGCUUCCAGGGCCCAAAUGGGCAGCGUGACUAAUCAGCCCUCGCCCCAGAUCACUCAUCGGUCAGUUUCGCCCGUGACCCAUAAAGAGACUGAAGCGGCGUGUGAAUUGCAUUCUGAGAUGAGUGAAGUGUGUAUGGAUAUGAUGGCUAGGUACACAUUUGCUCCUUGUAUGUCACAACCCACCAGGUAAACAGUCUUGUAAAGUGGUUGUUCGAUAUUCAUAACUAGAAAAACCUGCUUUUUAUCACUGUGGUUUUAUAUGCGCGCCGUUAUUGGCUUGCUAGGAGAUCUAACAAGCAAAUAUUUCGACGAAGUUGCCAGGCGCAGAAGUAAAAAUACCCACCUUCAGUAAUAGAUUUUGACAACGAAUGAAUUUCGUCAUAGAUGUGUGCAUUGCAUUUUUGUAGCGGCGGGUCGAUGCAUUUGCUAAUAAAUUGUGGUCACUGGCAUCAAAGUGUUUUAACAUUGCACCCUUACUACUAUUACGAUCAUAACUAGUAUAUUUAGGACGUAAAAAGUACAAUUACUGAAAAUUUGUGUUCACCUCUGUUAUAAUUAUUUUUUACAGAACAUUGACAGUUAGCCUGUAAAAUAUUUUGCUAUUUUUCUCUGAGAAAACUGUUCCAGUGCUGAUCCAAGGAAUGCAAAAUCUUAAUGGAAUUAUUAUUCGUGUUCAGGACUAAAGCCGUAGAAUAUAUGCUGGCCAGCGGUCACUCCCGCACGUGGAUGAUAGGCAACACGAUUGUAACAAUAACAACUUCCGGUACAUACAUCAGUUUGGAUGGAGUGUGUGAAAGCUGCUUAGCACUGAGGCAAAGAACAGCUAACCUUGCUCACGGUGACAAAGUUAAAGUCGAAAAAGGUCCUAAACAGCGCAAAAAGGCACCCGUUGUCUCGAAAGAAGAAUCUCCUUCACAGGCCACGAUCGACCACAUUCACGGCGCUGGUCCCGGUCCCGGUACUCAGGCCCCUUCUGGUGCUCAAAUGAGCGCUGAAGGUUCAAGCUUGGAAAAAACGGCUCUUCACAAGGUGCACUCUGUUGAUACUGCAAAGUUGAUGUUUGAAGCUCAUGGCAGCGUUGCUUCUGAGCGGAGAUUCAGCGAACCUCUUGUUCCUGUUAACCCCCAGAACUGUCAGUGUGUCUGCCAAGGAUGGGCAGAGAUAUUUAUCCGGCGACCCAGCGGUAACAUCUCUUGGAUCAUGCGCAUUCAGAAUAGGGAAUCAUCAAUGCAUUUGGAUAGUGAUAUUAGCACAGCUGUGGUGGAUGAUCCCCAGAUUGGUGAAUGUAAGUUGACUUUUUAUUGUUGGUUAAAGGGGAGUUUGUAUUAUUAGUUAACGCAGCGAACCGGAGAUAAAUGAAUAUCUUUUAGAUACAUAUAUUUGCACCAAAGUGCAAUUUGAAAUUUUUGGUUUUCUCUAAAUGUUAAACCAUGGGGUGCUAGAAAUCUCACAGCCCACGUUUGCCUCUCAAGCCAGCGAGAAAAAGAAAAACACACCGUAACCGUAUCACAGAAGAAUAAGGAGCUUUAGCGACGAGGAUGGCGACGGCAACGAGAACGUCUAAGAAAGCAAUAGGUUCAAUACGUGAAACAGCAACUCUGCACGUGCAGCACACUUUUUGUACAUUUCUCUGCCGUCACUUCACAACUACAACUGCAAAUUCCAUCACGAGACGUUUUAUGGAGGACGUAAAUACAUCUCGAAGAAUUUUUCUUUCUCCUUGUCAGUGAACUUGGGUUUGGUCCCCACGAAUUCAUUUACAGGGAAAUUAAACUACAUUUGACUUUUUUAAGUGAGGUGAAAUAAUCGCUGCGUGCAAAACUGGACAUAUCUCAAUAAUCGCGGAAAAUUAAAAAAAAAAACGCUUUGGCCUUGACCAUCGCCGUUGCUUAACCUUUUUAAUGUUUACUUUGCGAGCAGUGUUUUGACCAGCAUAUUUUGGUUGGCAUCCUCAAGUGGCCCUGGAGACGAAGGUAAAAAAGAUGAAGUGUCUUCUCCAACCGCUUGGCGUUCAUAGGACACCCUGACGGCCCAUGAAACCAUUUAACCUAACUGCCCCUCCCCUCUGUCCCCCGCUCAAUGCCCAGCAGGAUUAUUGGUGCUACUGUCAUCCGUUUACCCACAAUGUUGGGACCAAAGAGACCGAAUAAUUCUUAACUGUGUUUUCUUUCCUUCCCCUUAGUUUUAUCUCCACCUAGCGACAAGCUUGAAGAGAUCCUGAGUACAAGCACAGAAAGUGGAUCCGUUAUUGUUGACGUUAUCAGGCAAACCAAGCCACCAGAGGGGAAGGGUGGGGUCGUCGACGCAGGUUGGUUUGUUUUAAUAUCAAAUGGUAGUGAAGUCCAGUUAAACACUUGAAGUAUGAAUCUCAAACAUUUGAAAGAGCCCCUGUACACUAUAAGGCUAUGAUGACACUAUACCAUGUAGCUUUUGCACUGGCACGAAAACCAUACCGGAUAGGGGUUCUGCUCACACAUGAGGACGGUUGUGGCGGCGCGAUUUCUGUAACGGGGCGAAGCUGCGCCGCGCCGCGCUGAUCUCUAAAAUGGAGAGUCACCUUUUCUUUGCUAAUUUAUUCUUUACCUAUUCAAUCAGCGCAAUCUUAGGCCAUGGCGUAUUAAUUGCAAAAAGGGUGAAAUGUUCCAAACAGAUUGAAAGAAGAACUUGUAGUCAUCAAUUGACGUAAACAGAGGUGACGGCAAACCCGCUGCAAAUGAAUAAGGGCGACUUAAGACAAUUUUAAUUUAGUCUAAGUGUUUUAAAAACCAAAUAAUGUUCUCUCUCUUUGGUUUCCGCCCCAAUUAGCCCUGGAAAACUCACCUUCUGGCUGGCAGCAAGGCAGUACUGAGGGAUACAAAAAUCUGGAGCCACCUCAUCUUGACUCAGUCUCAAUGUACACACCUACUGGAAGCACAGAUUCACCGCCAAGUACACCUGCGGAUUCCAUGGAAUCAGAGUCAUUUGAGGCAAGGGGCAGGCUUCUUAGCAGAAGCCCAAGGAAGAAGCCGAGUUUUUUUACAGUGAGUUUGAAAUGUUUCAAGCGGCAAUUUCAGUAGCGCAUUAGCAAUGUCUUUUGUUUGGGUCAAGUGAAAGAAACCGGCUUCUUACGAUCUGUGUAAUUAAACUUUAUACAGUCGGACGCUGCUUUACGGGGACCUGCUUAGUACUGUCACCUCGUUAACUUAAGGUGGCUCGAUGGGGUUUUUAUACUGCCUGACUACUUUCUUGUUCCUUGUAAGCAUUUUGUAUUGUCCAGAUUUUCAUACCAUUGUGAAUUACAAGCCACCAAGCUUAAAACUUGCGGCGCUUCAGUAACCACCGAACACUCUCAGAAUAUGGUAAUUUAAGGCGCUUUGCUUUGUGCAGUUACUGAAAGUAGCAAAACAAGAGGUCAAAUAUACCGCCUUUGCUGCAAUGCGGAGCUUGAAAGCUAGAACAUUUACUGUUCUAAUGCAGUGAGGAAACAUUUGUGAGCAUUUUACUGAGUCGUUGUUAUGUGAGGGCUGAUUUAAGUGUGAAAAAACAAAACAAAAACAAAAAACAAUACAAUACAAAAAACAAAACAAAACAGAAAAAGACCCUUCAAUAAAUAGGCGCGCUACAUUCAAAAGUGCGCUCGAAGAAAUCAUCGAAACUUGGCCAAAGUGCUACCCAUAAUGUACAUUAUCCAUAGUUUUAACCGAUUGUUCUAAAGAAUUCGUUUCUUUUGGUAAAUACCAAAUAACAAACGUUUGCUACGGCAGCGUUGCGUUGGUAGGGACGCUCCGAUCUUCAGAAACCUAACUGAAUAUCAAACUUCAACGUACUGCUAGUCUGCUUGUAACAUUGAUAUUCUGAAAUCGUGUCUAGGUGUAUUUCUUUGUUAAAUGACGGCAAAUUUUCCUUGUGUUGAAUUCGUAAGGAUUCUUUCCAAGUUCACGAAGGGAAAAGAAAAAUUCGUCGUUAAGUGUUCAUGUCCUCCAUAAAACUUCGCGUUAGGAAGUUCCACGUCACACUCGUGAAGUGCUCGUCAAGAAAUGUACCAAAAAAGUGUGAUGCACAAUUAUUGCACGUGCAAUACAAUAAUUUGGAUCGAAACCCACCAACCAUGAGUGAGGUUUGUGAUACACCAAUCACUAACAACCACGGUGGUACAAAUAGUUCGACUCAGUAUAUCGACACUUUCUCCUGUUGAAGACCUGCAGUGUGCUGUCGAAACGUCGCGAUUAAUAUCAAAGUGGCAAUCGUUAAACAAACAAUAAAAGCGAAAUACUAUUAAAUCAUAUUUAAUGUAGUUAACGACUAGGAGCUAUGGUCUCGAGUGUUUUUGGCAUUCUUUGGUGGCGUGUUGGCCGUCUGUAGCGCUGUUGCAUGACCAUGUUUGCGUUUGUAGCGUUUACCAUUGUUUGUGAGCAUGAGAGGCAGAUUCCUGUCCAGCGGUAUGUCGCUUUGGUGCUUGCGGAGGCCAUGUGCCUGCGUUGUGUUUGCGUUGUACUCGAAGCUUUGUUAGCGUGGCUUGGCGUGGCGUGGCGUUCUAGCAGCGUAGCGUUUCUCUUGGUUCCCCUCUCUCCCCCUCCUUCCUUUCCUUUCCUUUCCUUUCCUUUUAUUUUAUUUAUUUAUUUAUUUUUUCCGGGUGUUUGUUCAUUUUACUUUCACUGGGCUUCUGGCCUCAGUGAGACGGGUGCUAUAGUGGGGGGUUGGGCGCGGGGGGGCUCGUGGCUGGGUUGCGGGUUGGUAGGCCUGUGGGUGUUCUUCCGCCCUGGGGUGUAUUGCGGUUGCAGCCCCCUGGCCCAUGGGCACCUAGCCUCCACUUGCGACGCAGUCGUUAAACCCUUUAUACACAUUAUCCACGAUGAUUAAUAUCUUUCAUGACACCUAUUUUGUUUUGUUGUUGACCUUCUUGGUGUUAUCGUGUUCGUGGUUUUAACGAAAGUUAUGCUUUCAAAAGGUGACUUCUUUGUAUGAUAGCUACCAUUAAUAGUUACUCCUUUGCCUAUUCUUGUUAACUACGACUCUAAGGUUUGAGAUCACUUUGUUGAUGAAAUAUCAGAUGUUUUGUUAGGUAUUAAAGAAUUUAUUCCUUUUUUAUUUCCUUAAUGAGUUGCUAUUUAGUUUUUGAGGGUGAUGUAACAUGCCUUGUAUUUUGCCGUAGAUGAGAGAGUCAGAGUCCUCGGACAUACUAGAAAGCCCAGAAACUACCUCCAUGCAAGGUAUGAUAACUCAAAAUCAUCAAGUUGAUGUUAACCAGGCAACAUGGUCAAAGCUGUUACCAAGUAGCAGUGUGCGUUUGAUACAAUGGUUUUCAAGCGAGAUUUAUCUGUAUUACUGCACCAUGGGAUUAACUGAAAACAUCUGCGUAGCUCAAAAGGGCUGGUUUAGCACCUUGUUACCAAACAAACCUUCACAGAAUUCUACGGAAAUGUAAUAUAACUGCAACAUACUUUAGAAGAACACUUGAGAAAUACAAAAAAAAAAGACUUAAAAGAACCUUGGUGGGUUAAAUUGAAGAAUAUUAAAGCAGAUUUCCAUUAAGGUAAAAUUGAAAAACAGCGACCUGCUUUUUCAAGUUUGUCAUAGUUUGUAUGAAAAUAUAACUUAUGAUGCAUGGGAAUUAUCUAUAUUUGACAAUGCGGCGUUGAAGCUGUCAGCGAAAAGCGUUUCGUCCUACAAUUCGUACUUUAAACUUGCCACUUAAUGAAAAUAGGCAAAAUUAUUGAAAGUACCGUCCGUCAUCUAGCUUAGUAGCUACCCCCAUUUAGAAUUGUUAGCAGCGGAUUUAAAGGGGACAUGCCAUCCCCUUGAACCUAAAUCCAACUUCUAGCAUGUGUUUUCUUUGCCAUCGUUGCCAAAGUAAAAAUUGAACAGAAAUUCAAAAUUUCAUUUUCAUGGGAAAGUAUUGUCAGUGAAGUUUUAUUUGAAUGGUCCAUAGGAUUUUGUCCACAGACUCAAAAGUUAGAGCCGCCUUACAAGAGACCAUCCCUCACUUUAGGAUUAAAAGGGCCAAACACACGUACAUGUCUAUUUGUUGCAGCAACUCCUCAUGAUUGAUUUCGAUGUUGAAUACACAUAAAAUGUUCUGCAAUUGGUAUAGGAUUUAAUGGAGCCGAAACCAAUUGUGGAAUUGUGGAAUUGCACGCAUUUUAGGCAUCCUCCUGAUGAACAGUUGCGACACGUAGAUGUAUCUUUUUUAGCAACUACUAUAAUUUGCAAUCUGUCCACUUUGAAUACUUUAUAACUGUAUGUUGAAUAAAUAGUAAAGAUUAUAUGUUAAUUAGUCCAUCAAAACGGUUUUGAAAUCGUGUUAGGAUUUCUAGAUAUCCCGCAGGAUCAGACCAGGAAAGAAAUGACCUUUGAAAAGGUAAGAAUAAUAGUUGGUAGCGUGAUGUUCCGGUUCGACUCUGCUUAAUUUCUUAAUUUCUAUUCUUUUUACUGGACGGGUAGAAUUGAAUCUUCAAGUUCACCCCUUCGAAAUCCUCUCAGUGCAAGUCGAUUUUAGUGCUUGAUACUUAUUAAACUCUUUGUUCUUCGGCUGUUAAGUAGCUUCAUGUUGUGUGGAACUUUAGUUUCUCAAUACUUUCAAAGAGACGGAAUUGUUUGCCCCAAACGCGGGUUUUUUUGUUGGCCGUAACAGAGUACGGCGUAGGCAAAGGUUCUUAACUCCUUCUUUGAGCCCUCCUGCUGCCCCUACAUUAUAUUCCGCAAAGCGUUCCCUCUCCUCUUUUUUCCCUUCUAAAUCUUUAUAAUUAUUUUUCUCUUCUACAUAUGUAUUUGUAUUCAAUUUGUUUAGUGCAUAUUUUGUGUGAGUAAAAUAUAAAUUGAACUGAAUUGAGACAAUUCUUUUUGGACCAAUCACUCUUAUCUUUUGUUCGUAAGAUUAACAUAGCAUUACCAAGUAAUUUAACUCAAUUUUCCUUUUCGUCUUUGUUGCCUCCUUCUUUUGCGUCUUUCACUGAUAACUUGUUACUUUGCUGGUUUUAACUCGUGGGUACGCGCGAGCGUACCACGAGUUAUUGCAGGGACAGGGAUAUGCAAAUGAGUCACUCGCUCACUCGUAGUAGACGCACUUCGUAAUUAAUCGGGUCCGAACUCGAGAGCGCGAAGAUAUAUCGUUUUCAAAACGGAAGCACGCGCUCGCCGAAGUUCGGUGGCAUCAUAUUCCUCGCUGAGAGCGUGCAUCGUGCGCUACAGCACGGUUAGAGGAUAGAGGUCUUACCAAAUUUAAGACACACAGGAAUCUUUCAGAUUAGUACGAUUCAAGAACAAAAGCAUUUCUUUGGGAACUAAAAUCUAUUUUCGUCCAGGCGUUUUAAACUUGACGACGGAUGAGAAUUUGAUUCUCUUUGACUCGUCCAGGCGUUAAACUUGACGACGGAUGAGCAUUUGCUCUUCGACUCCUUCAACUUCGACGCUGGCUUGAUCUCCUACCUUGUAGUAAUGUAGUAGGUUAUGUGUAUGAAUGAAUGUAUGGUAAAUAAAGGCACUUCUUCUUCUUCUUCUUAAGGACUCCCCAAGAUCACGGGGGGAAAUGGAUGUGAUUUUGAGCAUUAGCUUUAAAAUGACAGCGGAAAUCGAGAUAAGAAAACAUAAGCUUAUGUUCUACGUCCUACUUCGCGGAGGAGUUGUGUCGGCUUUGUAUCGCAUAUGUUCUUUCAUUACCAUUAAAUGCGUUUACAUUGUGUUUUACUGUCAGUAGCCUGGUUCCAAUUAGCCUUAAUUUCAUCCGAUUGCUUCGAGUCGUUUUUUCAAUCGGUUAAGUAUGGCUCGAUCGUUUGCCGGCGGAAGUUCCAUGGAAAAGGCAUUGAAUUUGAGACUUUUCACCAAAUUAUGUGAUCAUCCUCAAUGGCGUAGUGGCUAUAUGAGGUCGGGUCAACCCGAAGGUAGCGGGUUUAAAUCCUGCUAAGGACCUUCUUUUUUCCUCCUUCCUUUUUUUUUUCUUUUUUGUUUUGUUUUGUUUGCUUAAAUGUUUUGCUGUUUUUUUUUGUUUUUGUUUUUAAAUUUAUACCUAAAUAACUGUUAAUAAAGUGCAAUAAACAGUAAGAAAAGUAUUGCGUUUCCAGAACAAGGAUAGUAUAUUUAUAAUCUGAAUUUCUAUCAUUUCCUAAAAUUUACUGUGGGAAAACCAGAGGUGAUAACUAAGUGAUUAUUUUCUUAACAACGUACCCACGAGUUGACGAUAGUCUUUCUUUGAUUAAUUUAGCCGCAACUUGGAGUCUCUCCCGCUGAGCACUUCCCAGUCUCCUCUCUGCCAGAAUACAGCCAGUGGCAACCGAAGAAAGCAGAGACCAAAUAUCUGUCAUCUUCUGAGAUGUACCGGGUAAGACUGGGCAGUAGGGAGGCAGUAUAUUCUACGAGAUCGUUUAGAUCUGUUUUCUGCGACUUUUGUUACACCAAUAAUAAAGAAUCAUAGUAUUGCCCACUCCCUCCCUCCAGAAGUAGCAGGGCUGACGUGCUGUACACCGGUGUUUUCCGUCUUAUUAAUUUCUUUUUCGCUUCCAUGAAUGAGCACGGUGGCCGGGGAUGAAACUGCUUAUAACCCUCUGAAGUCCCGAGAGGUUGACCGCACCACCUGGAUCUUCGGUUUUGUUGGAGAGGAGCAAUGGAGGGGUGCGCGAGUGAGCGGGGAAACCGUGAGGAAAAUCGGGCGUAAUCCUUUCUCGCGACUUUGUUGCUCGUGUAGUGCUUUUAAUCUUAAGUUCGAAAAGAGAUAGUUCGGUGAAGGUGCUGUCUGUGGGUUUCUUCUCCUUAUACCAGUUCACCAGAAUGUUGAGCCAUCUGUGGAUACUCUGGCAUAGGCAGCACCUUUAUUCGAGCCUUGGUUCCGACCGAGAAUCGAACCUGGGCCUACCGCUUUAGGGUGUGGUACAAAAUCAAUGAACCAAACGUGACAUCCUUUUGAUAGCCUGCUCCAUAGAGGGAGCUUAACUUUUGGUGAAGUCCGUCUGGGAAACAGCGCUGAAAUUCAUUUUCUGGGCUCCCACCUGUGUACCAGGAUUUGAGUACGCGCCAUGAUUGGCUUGUUAAAAUACCCAUUGUCAAUUUGCCAAUCAGGUUAUAGGAGACUCGAAACGCAUUUCCGGUAAUUCGCUGAGUACGUUGGGGGCCCCAGAACAAGGAUAUCGGCGUUGCUUCGUAGGCGUUACUGUUAUGGGUUAGAUCACGCCUGUGACGUAGGCUAGACUUAUGAUAGUGUUUGCGUUACUGUGUAGCUUGCAAGUGAUGAAGAGAGUGUACAUUCGCUGAACAUUGACGACCAUGAUCACCAUCACACUGGUAAGUUUUCUCAGAAGGUAUUGCUAACAGGCAUUGGCAAAGAACAUAUUAACACCAGGUAGAAACAUAAAGGUACAAGUUGUUAUCUCGAAAGUCAUACAUAUUCGAAUCAAAACUGGCUUCCUUUCUAGUCAAACAUUAAUUUUACUGUCAAUUUUCCAAACCUAACGAUAAUUUAAUUCAAAUGUCUUGUUAAUGACUGAAAGGAACAAACUUGUUAGCAACGCUCUGCUUAAUUGGCCAUUUCUCAUAGGAGAUAAGAAGACUGAUCAAUCGGGCAAACACCAUCCGCAACAACAUUCUAGCACUCCAAAGAAAGUAGAGAGACCGAAGUCACUAUCCCUCCAUACCCUGUCAGUGGAUCCGCCAGUGAUUCGAGAAAGCCCCGAGUUCGCUGCAGACAAGGUCUUUACAGAUCACGACAAAGCUGCAACGAGCGCAAACAAAGACAAACUUCCCAGUCCUGCCCGUUCACCUAAAGCGCGCGAAUCUUCCAAAGACCUGGACACUGAUCCCCAGGUAAAAUUUAAAUACAGUGCAGUCCUGAUUUCUCAAAAGUCUGAGUUGUUCAAAAAAAAAAAUGGCUCCCUUUCCAGUCAAAUAGUAAUUUCACUACCAAUUUUCCAAACCUAAUGAUAAUUUAAACCAAAUCUCUUCUCCUGAGGUGCCCCGAAAAAUCGGAAUUCCAGUGAAAUGCUCGUGUUUGUUUUACUUGUGGUCUCUCGGUUAAGUGGUCAAAAUAAAUGUACUCGACGAAAAACCCGACCUCAUGGGUACGUGUUGAGGUCGGGUUUUUCUCGUUCUGAAUUCCGCUUUGUCAGAACGGACCGCCUUAGUAAUUUUGUUACCCACAGUUACAAUAGGAUUUAAUUGUUUUUGCCUUCUGUGCCAUGUGUAAUUAUGUGUUCUGCGUAUUCUUGACCUCCCUUGUAAUUUAGUGUUAUACACUACCAAAAGGGUUUAAUAAACUGAUUAUUAUUAUUAUACAUGCCUUGAGUAGGAAUGCUAGCGAUAUACAAAACACUCCUCAUUUGAUAACCCUGAUGGACACAAAUUUUUGGCGUCAAACUAAAAAAAAGUAUUCAUGAGGGAGCUCUGCAAACACCUUUUCAUGGAAGCGGCUGAAAAAGGUACAUAAAGACACCACCAGGUGCUUAUGUCAAGCGACUCGCGAUUCUUCUAGAUUUGGGGGAAAUGUACUCUAGCUGAUUCGUUCGUUGUGGUCUCAUGCCGUUAUACGAAUUCUUAGAGAAAGACGUCCGAGAGAGAUGUCGUCUUUUAUUUGGCAACGUUACCAUGUUCGUCUCCUGGAACUUUCUAACCCCAUGUACAUGUCAAAGCUAGGACCAGGACUUUAGACGAGUCAGGUGUUGUAACCUUUAUUUUUCUUUCCAACGCUAUCUCCUAGGUCCCUAAAAAACCAAAGCUGAAGAAGUCGUCCAGCAUCAGUUCACCAAUCAGAGACAAGAAGAGCUUGGAUCACUCGGCCCAUUCCCCUUUCUCAUCUCCCCGUCAAGGAAAAAGUACAAUGGCUGUGAAAAGCAAAGAAGCCGAAGACAGACAUGGUUACAUGGGUUUCCUAGGAGAUCCAAAGAAGAGCUCCUCAUCACCAGAGCUUUCUUCGCCGCCAGCCCUCCACAAAGGUAUCUUCCUAUCACGAGUACUGUACUUCGUCCUUCUGCUAAAGUUAAUGUAUAUCUUUUGAUAUUAUUGUAUAUCCCUUUCUUAAAAUGAAUUUCACUGUAAAUUUCUUCUCCGAUUCCCUAGUGCCACUUGUUAAAAGCGAAGGUGCCAAGCGGAAGAUGUCUCGCUCAAGAAUGGUUCCCCUAACGGUGGGUCCUCAGUUCAUAAGUAAGGGAUCCAAGUCAGCCCCAGUAGCAAGCGACCCCACAGAUUCGGGACCUAAAGAGCCCCCCAUUCUGGUGACUCCGUCAGAAUCAUUCAGAUAUCCCCUGGACCCGUGCUUCGUGUUUCUACAGCUAUAUCAUGCAUCAUUCCUGGGAGCUGCACACGAAAAACCACAGCCGGUACCUGAAGGCGAGGUAGAGUAAUAGCUAUAUGAUCUCCGGAGUAGCGUAGAUCAACUUGACCUUGGUAAAGAAGACAUGAUUUCAAUAUACGUUCGUAUUUUUUGUUGUUGCUGCUGUACAGGUUAAGAAUUUGACUCUGAUAUUAAAUUAGUGGUGUCUGUUGCCACUGGGUGUCCGUUUUGUGGUGCUGGCUGUUUGCGGAAGUUCCAAUUUAAUUUUCUCUCGAAAGCGAUUUAAAGAUGUGUCAGCUGGUACAACAGGGAAGCACUAUUUUUCGUCUCAUAGAUAAGAUACUACUAUUUAAGAUUUUCUUACAAAUACGAUAUGCAUUGUUAAACCCCUGCAUUUCGCUACUUUAGGUGGAAGACAUAGUUCUCACUGUUUGAAUCCUCUGGUUUGACAUUGUCGGACUGAUUUUUUUUGUGGGAGUUGGGAGAUGGGAUCAUUUGGCAUGACGCCCCAGAGCGAAAGAAGAUUCGACCUAAAUAGGCCCAGCUAUUUCAUUUUCGAUCGAACUAGUGCUACAGUUAUUUAUUUAUUUAUUUCAAACGAUUAUUCUGUUACCUUUUGGACAGGUCAUUGAGCGAGCUAUUAAGUGCCUUGACCGUAUCCCUCCCUAUGAUACACACAAGAUUGGUGUGAUUUAUGUUGGGCCUGGGCAACACGACAACGAGGCUGCAAUCUUGAGAAAUGUUUACGGGUCAACCCGUUACAUGUCAUUUCUUGCGGGACUCGGCACUCUCGUUCGGCUUCGGGACUGCCCGCCAGCGGAGAUUUACACUGGUGGGCUGGAUAGAAAUGGCGAGGACGGUGAAUUUGCCUACAGCUGGCAGGAUGAUAUUUGUCAAGGUAACGACCCUUUCUAAAGAAAAUUUAUUGACAAGCGCACUGAAAUAAGAAGUGAUCUGUGAAAUUUCUGCAGUCUUCAAAACGUUUUCUUCCUUUGGCAUUUUACCAGCAGUCACUGUGUAUAACAUAAUAAAAAACAAAGUAGUAGCAACGCGGUAGCUACAGUCGAAGCUCUCGUAAGCGACCACCUCGAAAAUUCGAAAAAGUGUUCGUAUCCAGAGCUGGUCGCUUACGAGAAUCAGCUCUCGUAAACGACCGCAUGGUAAAACAAUAGAAGGUGGUCGCUUCAGAAAUCCAUUAAUAAUUAGUAAAGAAAAAACAAAAGAAAUUAAUGUUAAAUGAGUGUCUUAAUAUCUGACAUAGACACAACGGCUAAACUUUACGUCCAAUUUUUUAGACCAUUAGCGCAGUGUACAGUUUCAUUUAAGUGUUGAUUUAUAUAAAAAAGACUCUGAGUGGUCGCUUACGACAGCUUUUCAUUACAAAGUUUAAGUCACAGUUCAAACGGGGUUUCACGAAGGUGGUCUUAACUAGAGCUGGUCGCUUACGAGAGUGGUCGUGAGGAGAGCUUCGACUGUAUUAAUUUGUUUGGUUGUCGCAGGGAUUAAAUCCAGGCAUUCAAAAGUAAGAAAAAUCUUGAACAUCAACCCUACGACACUAAGUGGUGUACCAAGGAUUUCAUGUAUUUCUUGUAAUGUAGAAUUUAGCACAAAAACCAUUGUUUAACUUACGGUUGGGGAAAGGGGGGUGGUUAAUUAAUCUACAGCCAACAAAAAGAAGGGGGGAAAUGAUUUUGAACAUGAAAAUGACUACGGUUCUGCGUGCUUCUUUGAUUUCAGAUCCACUCUCUCUAGGAAAAAGUCAAUCGGUUUUUUUAUUUUGUAUUUUUCGUUUUUUAGUUAUCUUCCAUGUUGCCACAUUGAUGCCGACCCGUGAAUCCGACUCAGGCUGUAACUCGAAGAAGAUGCACAUUGGUAACGACUUUGUAACCAUCGUCUACAAUGACUCCCAGCAGACCGUAAAAUUUGGCACAAUCAAGGUAACAUACCUUCAAGAAUAAAUUCUUGACAAGGUUUUCGUCGUUUUUGUUGACAUCGUGGUGCCUCCCCUCGGUAUUUCUGUCUGAGAAACCACCUUUGGUCUGUUCCUCUUUCGUGCCUUUGGUACGUUGGCUUGAGCAGCUUCCUUUUAUAUUGCUUGCUUGUUUGGUUUUGUCUUAUAUCUUGAUAUUGUGCUGUUUUCAGUAUCUAACCGUACUACAAUUAUAGCUUUCAGUUUAUAAAGGCACAUUUAAAGAUUUCACCCACAAACCAAAUGUUAGUACCAUCCUGGGCUGUGCAAUAAACAGGUCACAGAUGGUUGUUUCUCAGUGGCUAUAAUUCAGAGUCGAACUUUUCCCUGAGGAAUUAAAAGGACAUAGCUUCCUCAAUUGGAAUCCUCUUGGUUGUUUUCUUCUUUUUACUACUUAACAGGAGGCACGAUGCAUGAAAAGAAGAGAAAACAAUUUGCACUGGCAUUUUGGUUAAUUUAGGCUUUUGAAUCGUUUUAUUUUAGUUUUCAUUUUUUUCUCUACUUUUCUUUGCCAGGGUCAGUUCAAUUUUGCUGAAGUGUUGAUUAAACCGCUUGAUAAUGCAUCUAACAUGGUGUCCCUGCGGUUCAAAGAUGAGCUAAAGGAUCUGCUGACUGACACAGGGCCCCGAGUUAUCUCUGAUGACAACCUUCCUCGCUUGGUACGGCAGUUGGUCGUGCACAUUAACGUAAGUCAAUGUCAUGCACUGUUGAGUGUUCAGAUUUUUUCCGGAAAAAAAUCAAAUAAAAUAUUUGAUGACUUAGUAAAACUCAAAUUUAGCGACGAAAUACAUUAUGAGAUUUACAACUAGGCCAGUCGUUUACAGUUUGUCGGAUGUGUUAACACCCAGGCUCAAGUAUAGAUUGAGACAACCUUUUGCAAUUCGUAAAUUUGUACUGAUAUCGAGAGAUUCAUAUAUAACUUGUUAUCAGUGUAAAUGAAACAAAUUGGUCGUUGUCUACUAGAUAUUUUGCAGGAUAUUAGACUGCCUUAUAGACCAAAUUUUGUCAUAGUUUUUGUUUCCUGUCGUCUUUCGUAGUCCUGCUACCAUUGCGUUCGACGUUAGGAGAAUGCAACUCCUAAUCUGCUUGCGUAUUUCGUCGUUCUUCAGCCUUUCCAGCGGCAUCUUGAAUUACUUCACGUGUAGACCACGGUAAUGUGGUAUGCAACGACGCAUGUAUAAUCGAACCGGUGUGGGCGAGAAAUUAAAACAGAAUUCUUGACUGUUAUUAUUGCCAAUUUUCGACUUGACCCGGCUUUGCAAACAAUCUAUUGUAUUCAUUGUGCACCUUGUUUUCUGAUGUUGGCUUGACAUACUUUGCGUUAUCGGUGUAAUUUAUUCAACUUUGCAUUUCAUCUUUCUGGAGCAUUUCCAUGCACACCUCUACGCACUUUAUAAUCUACGAUUAAUACUAGUUUUAUAUAUUAAUCUUGACGUUUACUUUCAUUUCCUUACAGAUGGCAUCUGUUAUUCACCAAAGUCAAAAGCGGCCAACAGACGCUUACGGAUGUAAUUGGCUAGAGAGGUUACGUCAGAUUAAACGAGUGCGCUCAAAGGCGACGGCAGAGAAUUUUUCAGUUCCCAGCAGCCCCAUGGGUAAGGCCUCACCCUCACCUGGGCUGCGCCCUUCGUCUUCACUGGUCACAGGUCUCACAGAUUUCACAGAGUACAUCAUGAGAUAACGUCGAAUCGUCUCCGAAUUACGCAAGAC